GGCUAACUUGUUACACCUGAUCAGAAGGAAUAAGCUGAACGAGGACCAGAAAUUUAAGUGUUGUCUACUGUAGUUCUUGCACACCAUGUUGUUUGCGAAAGAUCGACGAAGGUUGUCGACAUAUAACUGAUUCGAAUGGUCGACUCUUUGAGUUUCUUCGAGAAGUAUCCAUGGGGGAAAGAGACAUUUCAACUGACCAUGGACUAUCUGAAGAAGAAAAGUAACCUGAAGAAGCAGAAGGAAGUAUUUGAUGAGAAGCAGAAGGCAUCCUAUGCUCUAUUCGGAUUUCUAUGGGCAUUCAUGAUUUGGAUCUAUGAGGCCUUUCCUUAUCUUGGAAAAUUUGCUGGAAAAUCAAUGGAUGAGCCCUUACCCAUCCCCUGCAUUCUCAGAUGGUAUACUUCAAAAAGCGACAAGAUAAUCGAAGGCGACCCAUUCAAGUAUAAAGGAAAAUUUACCGAGAACGUGCACCCGUACAUCAUCCCUACUAUUCAUGAGAUGAAGAUGGAUUACAUGAUUACGAUUGAGCCAUAUAAGGACGAGGUGAAGAAUAACAUCCUCGAUGGCUUGAAGAAAGAGUUAGAAGGGGUGACUGUCCUCACUUCAAAUGCGGACAGUGAUGAUGGCGAGGAUUUGGGUGGUAACUCCGUUGGAGUACACGUUGGUGAUGAUGAUUCUCCGAGCACCUCCGAAGAUGAAGCGGGAACCUCAUCCCCCGGGGAUCUUCAUAAGCGUGUGGCUGCGCUCGAGGAAGCGGUGUUGGAUAUUGCUGCCUAUAUCAAAGAGAAAAGAAUGAAGAAAAAGGAAAAUAAUGAGUGACAAUAUGAGCGAGAGGUGGAGUCAUGAUUUCAACGACAGGGUUCAAUAUUCAAAUAAAAUUUAAUCGAAGGGGGGUUGAAGUUACACGGGGAUAUGCUUAUGCCUCAGCAGUCAGCAAUAGUAACUCCAUUUGGUAGAUGCAGUACUAAUUCUGUUUUGUCAUUAUGUACUCUCCAUAUCACACGGACAAUUUAUUGAUAUAAAACGCACCAUCACUCUA